CCCCUUUAUCCUACCCUGGUGCUGUUUGGCGCAGUUUCUACUCUCAGCGACAUCCGCUGAACAAAGGCCGUUCGGUUAUUUAUUUCUUCAUUUCACAUAUUUGUCCAUCUACGACCAAGGCAAGAUGAGUUCCAUCAACGUGAAAAAGCUGAAAGUGAACGAGCUGAAGGACGAGCUGAAGAAGCGCAGUCUGUCCGACAAGGGGCUGAAGGCCGACCUGAUGGACCGCCUGCAGGCCGCCUUGGACGAGGAGGCCGCCGGCGACUCGCUCGACCAGAAGGCCGCGGAGGACGAAGGCGUGGAGCAGUCCACCGACCAGGAGUCCAUGGAGGAAGAGGGCGAGGGUACGGAGGCUCCGGCGGAAGAAAGCAUGGACUCGAACGACGUGGAAACCCUGGAGGAAGCGGAGGACGAGGAGAUGGACGAGGAAGAGAUGGACGCCUUGCUCAAGCCCGACGCGGACGAAUUGGAGAAGACCGAGGCGGACGAGGGUGAGCCGGAGGCUGCAGAGGGGGAUGCGGACAAAGACACGAAUGCUGAUCAGAAGAAUAAGAAGGGUGUUAAGAGACGCCGGGAGGAACAUGGAAGGGGCUACUUUGAAUUUAUUGAAGAGAACAAAUACAGCUGGGCUUCGUUUAAGUCUCCCGUACCACCUUUGGAGGAGGAGGAUGAAGAGUUUGACGAAACUAAAGUCUGCUUGGACAACUACAACUGCGACCUGCACUUUAAGGUGUCACGAGACCGCUACAGUGCCUCAUCCCUCACCAUGGAGAGUUUUGCUCACCUCUGGUCCGGAGGCAAGGCCACAUACGGCAUAAACAAAGGCAAAACCUGCUUUGAAAUGAAGAUCACAGAAAAGAUUCCAGUGAAGCACAUUUCCACCAAGAACAUGGGAAUCCAUGAUGUGCAAGUUGGCUGGUCCCUGUCUACUGCGUCACUGAUGCUUGGUGAAGGCAUCCACUCCUACGCCUACUCUGGGAAGGGCAAGAAGACCACAAACUCUGUGACAGAAGACUUUGGUGAAACCUUUGAUGAAAAUGAUGUCAUCUGCUGCCUUGCUGAUUUUGAGGGGGAGGAGGUGGUUCUAUCCUUCUCCAAGAACGGCGGGGAGCCAGCCGAAGCUUUCCGCGUGAUCAAAGAUGACCUAAAUGGCCAGGCUCUCUUCCCUCAUGUCAUGUGCCACAACUGUGCCGUGGAGUUGAACUUUGGCCAGAUGGAGACGCCGUACUUCCCGCUGCCCCCAGGUUAUACUUUCAUGCAGCAGAUUCCUGUUGAUGAACGUUUGCGUGGGCCUCAGGGUCCGCAGACCAAGGCCGAUUGUGAGAUCAUAGUGAUGGUCGGUCUGCCAGGGUCAGGCAAGACAACGUGGGUGAAGAACCACAUGCAGGAGAAUCCUGGCAAAUACUACAUCCUGGGAAGUGACACAAUCGUGGAAAAGAUGAUGAUCAACAACCUGAACCGCCAGUCGAAGGAGUUCACCAAGCUGACUGCCAUUUCUCAGCGAGCACCACUUUUUUUGGGCAAGUUCAUUGAGAUUGCUGCCCGCAAGAAGAGAAACUACAUCCUGGACCAUACCAACUUGUCCGCUCCAGGCCAGAAGAGGAAGAUGUGCUUGUUUGCGGGCUUCCAGCGCAAAGCAGUGGUGGUGUUCCCGUCUGAGGAGGACUACAAGGAGAGAGUCCAGAAGAAGGUGGAAAGUGACAGCAAAGAAGUACCUGAACACGCUCUUCUCAAAAUGAAAGGUUUCUAUAGUCUGCCCGAGGAGGGCGAGAGCUUCAACGAGGUGCUCUUUGCAGAGCUGCAGAAGGACGACGCCGUCAAGGUCCUGGAGCAGUACAAAGAGGAAAGCAAGACGGCCCUGCCGGCCGAGAAGAAGGCCAACCAGGGCAGCACCACGCCUAAGAGGGGUGGGGGCCCCCGUGGUGGUGGAGGCGGCGGCCGCGGAGGCAAGAACCAGUUUGGUCGUGGUAGUGGUCCUGUGCAGAGGGGAGGGGGUCGUGGAGGCUUCCAGAACAGAGGCAACUUCAGAGGAGCGCCCCCUCGUGGUGGCUACAGCCGUCCUCCUCGCGGCUUCCUGCCUCCCCCGGCCUUCAGAGGAGGCUACCCCAACCGCGGGAGCUUCCACCGUAGCAGCGGCUCCAUUCCCAUCCUUGGCGGAUCCCCCCGAGGUGGAGCCAUGAGGGGCAACAUGGGACCCCGAGGCGGCCACAUGAACCGGGGUGGCCAGAUGAACCGGGGCGGCCACAUGAACAGAGGCGGCCACAUGAACAGAGGAGCGGCGGGCAGAGGAGGAGCUGGCAUGGCUCGUGGCGGAAACCGAGGACAUCCCAACCAGUUUCAGCAGAGAGGUGGCGGCCGUGGUAACUACGGCAACAAGAACGGCAAUUUUAGCAACAACAGGACUGCCGGCAAUUUUGGCAACAGGAAUGGGAUGGACAAAGCUCAGGCCUUCAACCAGAGCUGGCAGCAAGGGUUCUGGAGCCAGAAGCCUUGGAACCAGCAGUACCAGCCUGGAUAUUACUGACACUGUUCUAAAGGACUGUUGGUCGCUCUGAAAACCACUCAAGCCACGGACCAUCUUUUUUCCUCCCCUCCCUUUUUUUCACACAAUCUGCUUUUAAGAAUCUUAAAACAAUUCCCGACAAAGAACGUGACUGACGAGCAACGUGGUCAACAUUCCACUGCGGAGGAAGCAGAGAAGAUCUAAAGACACUUUUUUAUUUGUUAUUUUCCAUUUCAUUUGCUUUUCACUCCUUUUAAACAUGCUUUUAAUAUACAGAAAACACAAUGUUUGUAACAUGAAGAACCACAAAGCUUUUCUUUCACACCUUUGUGAGUUUUUGUGUUUGUUCUUUUGCUUUGUUCUGCCGAAUUGUAAAUAUUUGUUUUAAAGUGACAGCUUGUUGGAAGGGAGCACACUGCCUGCGAGAUCUUGUCCAACUUCUGGCUGCAGAUGAAAGUUCACACGUUCAUUUUGUUUUGUUCAAAUUACAGCAAGUUUUGUGCUCUAUAAACUGUAAGCCAAACUUCAUAGAUAUACAAUAAACUCAACAUUGGCUCUUUCUUAAAUUA